CAGCACUGUAGCUUUAUUUGUUACCUGGAUGAGUCACAGUGAUGUUCCUGAUAGUUCUGUAAGUAAAAAGUGACUAUACAUCCAAGCAUCCUGCUGGAUGUCACAUGAUAUUGACUGUUAUGACUGCUUUGUUGUGUCCAUCAUAUGGAGGCGCACAUCAGAUUAGGGGGCAUAGCAAAUAUUCUGCAAAAGCCAAAACAUCUAUUGUGUCACAGCAUACCCAUAUUUGAUUGGAGAUCCAAGGUUUAUGUUGGAGGUAUUUCUCUCUCCACUGACUUUGAAGCAAUAAAACAACGUGUCAUCUCAGAAAUCUGAUUCACUAUGAGGGAAAGCUAUGGGGGAUUAUGUAACCCAACACUCAGCUUUGAGUCUUCAUUUUGUGCUUUUUAAUAUGGAUGGACUGCAGCUGUCGGGUUCAUAUCAUGGGCCAUAUUGUUGUUGUGAUUUCAUUACAGCAGCAGGCCUUGUUCUCUCUAUGUGACACUUGUGACUUUGGGUGUCUAAGAAGACACCUCUGAUGACGUUAUUGGACAAAAUUCUCCUUCAGAGUAAUGCUGUUCAGUAUGUCAGUUUGGGUAUGUAGAGUCACCCUGCAAGCUCUGUCAUGAUAAUGGUGACUUAUACUGUAGUCAUAAUUACAACAGACAUGAAUAUUUGAAGAAUUUUAAACCCUAAAUAAACACUGAAUCAUGUAAUAUUGAACAAUGUCUAAAGUGUGUGUUACGUAAUGGACUAACUUACAAUUCACACAUAUUUGUUUAUGCUUUAUUUGUCUUUCAUGAAUAAGAACAGGAAUAAGCUUUUGGUUGAAUUAUUCUUUCUCUUCUCUGAGAAUUUAUUACAGUGUGUAUAACUAUUGUCUUUAUAGCCACAGAUUUGCUCUGGGAUGGUAGUUAUCUGCUGUGUCUGACUGUUACUGGCAUUAUCGUACAGCGUCUCUCUGUACCAACAAGAAGACAGAUCUGAACAUGCCAUCAGGAUUAUUUAACUGUGUAAGAGCUGGAAAAGUGUCUGAUGUCAUGCUUUCAAAGGUAAAGAGAUGGAGCCAGUGAUAUAAAGAGCUUAUCUGCAAGUGUGCUUGCUAGUGUGUACAUACGAUGAGCCACAUACAUGAGUGUGCCCUGAAAUAUUUGGCAUGUCUAAUCCUGCUAGGUAGUCUUAAGGUUCUGUUUGUAGGCUGGUGGCUCAUGCAUGUGUAUCAGUCAGCUCCAGUCCAAAGGAGAACUCGGUGAAGGGAAUCGAGACCCAACCUCUGUUCAGCUGAGCAUGGCAAAUGAAAUCACUUAUUUGUGUUUUACCUUACAUUCUACUGAGUGUGCAUUGUGGCAUGGGUAAUACAACAAUAGUAGACCCCCAUACUAAUAAUCCCCCAUUACCCAUUCCCCCCACCCCCCGCACCUAAAGGUGGAGGGAUAUAGUGGCGUACUGAAAAAAGGGUAUGAAACAAGGACAGAUUGAAACAUAAAUGAAAGACAAUUCAAAGCUGAUCAGGCAUAGCUCAGAAUUCUUAUUUAGUCUUAUGGGGGAGGUGUGUGUGUUUACACAAGGUUUGUCCUAGGUCCCAGAUCCAUUAGGAUUGCAAAUGGGGGACUGUGUGCCUCCCCUGCCUAAACACACACACACACACACACCCUCCCCCGCUGAUACAUCAGAGCAGAAAGGGAGGGUAAAUUCCCCUGUUAGCUAUCCUUAGACAUCUUUGAAUCAGAGGAAGAGAGGGAGUGGGAGGAACUGUAAGAAAGAAAGUUUGGGAGAACAUGGUGGGUCUGGCUGCUUCUACAGCAAUCAAUGUGAUGGAACUCUUGGUGACUGAACUGAAUGUGUUGCUCAAACUGCUGGACCAUGAAACAUUGAGCUCUGCUACAGAGGAGAAGAAAUGUGCUGUGAGGAACCUCCUAAAACAGCUGAAGCCCUCAGUCACUGGACCAGAAUACAUGUACAUGAACACCUCUGUCUGCAGAAAUGGCACUAGCUUUGUGGAAGCCCUUUUUGAGAACUUUGACUGCAAUCUUAGUGAACUGAAAGUUGAAGUAGAAGAACAGAAGAAAGACCCAGUUCAAUCAAACCGGUCUACAUCUAAACCUAUUACACCAGAUUCAGCACCUCCACUGCCCACCACACCACCUCCAGAGGACUACUAUGAGGAGGCUGUGCCUCUCAGUCCUGGUACUGUGCCAGAAUACAUAACCAGCCGCAGUAGCUCCAGUCCUCCGAACUCCAUUGAGGAUGGAUACUAUGAAGACACCGACAACAACUGUCACAAUGUCAGCAUGAACCGUCAGCGCAAAAACUCAUAUAAUGAUUCAGAUGCUUUGAGCAGCUCCUAUGAGUCAUAUGAUGAAGAGGAGGAGGAACGGAAUCAGCGUUUAACCCACAAGUGGCCCUCAGAGGAGAACUCCAUGGCCCCUGUAAGGGAUUGCCGUAUCUGUGCCUUCCUGCUAAAGAAAAAACGCUUCGGUCAGUGGGCCAAACAACUAACAGUCAUCCGUGAAAACAGACUUCAGUGUUACAAAAGCUCCAAGGACCAGUCUCCCUAUAUGGACCUGCCACUUAAUCUGUGCAAUGUCAUAUAUGUGCCUAAGGAUGGACGCAAGAAGAAGCACGAGCUUCGCUUCUCUCUGCCAGGAGGAGAGGCUCUGGUGUUGGCUGUACAGAGCAAAGAACAAGCAGACAAAUGGCUGCGGGUGGUGCGUGAAGUAAGCAGUCUGGGGAAUGCUUUAGACAUCUCAGCUUCUCCCAUGAUCCCCAGAAAAAGGGAAAAAGAGCCAGAAAGAGACUUGGACAAGAGAUUGUCUGGUGAGAAACAUACCUCAGAUUCAGAUAGCAUCCCUAAUGGAGAAGGUAGCCGAGAGAGCCGGGAGAAUGGUAAGCCCAAGCGGGUUGCUCUUUCAGAAUUAACAGGUACGAUGAGCAGAGCAGCAGGACGCAAGAUCACAAGGAUCAUUAGCUUUUCAAAAAGGAAGCCACCGCUACCUGGAGAUACACAAUCACCAUCGCUAGAUGAGGACCCUCGUUGUGGCUAUCUGAGUGUUUUGGUGAACAAGUGCUGGAAGGAGCAGUGGUGCCGUGUAAGAUGCGGGUCGCUCCACCUUCACCAGGAGAAAGUUGAUGCAUGUCGGAGCCCACACACCUCUAUUGUCUUACGAGGCUGUGAAGUGGUGCCAGGCCUUGGGCCCAAGCACCCCUUUGCCCUAAGAAUACUAAAAGGUGGCACUGAGGUGGCAGUGUUAGAGGCAAGCUGCUCAGAAGAAAUGGGCCGUUGGCUUGGAGUUCUCCUAGCAGAAAGUGGUUCUGCUGAUCCAGAGUGCUUGCAUUAUGACUAUGUGGAUGUGGACACCAUCGCCAAUAUUCGUACAGCUGCCCGUUGCUCUUUUCUAUGGGCCACCUCCACAGAGUCAAGAACGUACGAUGAGGUGCCUUAUGAAGCAACAAAGCAGGAAAAUGAGAGGCUGAAGAAUGGUUAUUUAUUAAAGCGCCGGUCUGCUAGUAGUGACAGAAGUAUGGCCAAGCCCCCGAUUACCAUUAAGCGUCAUGGCUCUAACGCAAAUCAGUAUGGAAGGUAUGGGAAGACACGGGCUGAGGAGGAUGCGCGCCGCUAUCUGAGGGAGAAAGAGGAGCUGGAGCGAGAGAAAGACCACAUCAGGAAUGCACUGUUGUUGCUGCGAAAGGAAAAACGAGAAGCCAAAGAGAGAAUGAAGGUGGCAACAGAUAAACAGCGGUUGGCACUUGAGGAAUGCGUGGCCCAGCUGGAGGAGAGCUGCCAGAUAAAGGAACGUGAACGUGUUGACCUGGAACUUAAACUCACCCAGGUUAAAGAGAAUAUUAGAAAAUCUUUGGCUGGUGGAGCUUUAGGAGCACCUAUAGACACCAAACCAUCAGGCAAGAUGACUUCAAGAAGUGAGGUAUCAUACACUGAGUCAUCAGUUCCUGUCAACUGUGCCUCUGAAAUGCGAAAGCGCCCUCUAUCCAUCUAUGCAUCUACAAAGGGAAACGUUAUGCAGAAAGCCAAGGAAUGGGAAUCUAAAAAAGGGAAGUGCUGAAAAAUUCCUGGACAUUUUUGUGUUCAGGUGAACACAAGAACCUGCAGUCAACCCUCAUGUGAACAUAGAACUGCACGUUUAUAUGCACAGCACUCUGACAACCUGAACAUCAUCACAGUACAGAAAUGUAGAUAUUUUUCUUUUUGGAGUCUUGUAGGACAGGAUGCUUCACAGGCAAUUUACAUUAAAUGUUGAAUAUGGAGGUAGGGGUUAACUGUUAGAAUGUGGUAUGCUGUUUAAUGAGCAUACUGAAGAAAGCUGUGUAAAAUGACAUGAACCUUUGCAUGAUUUUGCAUUUACUUAUAAAUUGUCCAUUAAGGAGAUGACUGCUGUUUUAUCAUUCAUUUUUUUGUAUUGGUUUUGUUAUUGUGUGUAAAGACUUCCAGAAACCAUAAAGCAAAAUGUGCUAAUUUAGGUACUAAUUAUAUUGUACCUUUAACAUUUUUUAAUUUAGGCAGCAACACUAACAAGAUACAAAUUACAAAAGCUGUUUUCAUAAUCAUCCAAAUCAGAAUUGCAAUGAUCUUUUCAUGCUUUUCACUUUUUUUUCCCAAGACUACAAUUUCAAUGUGAUUAACACUAGCACUUUAUGGUCUUUGACAUGGAGGUGGAAUAAGAUACAUUCAUAAUAAAUGCCUCUAAAAUUCAUGUUCUUUUGAGUUUGAUUCCACUGUUUUAAUCACGUACCAUUACUCCACAGAGGCCAGUAUUAAAUACUCAUUACUAACUUGAAGCUGCAUUUGUGCCAUUACACCAGUAAUGUUAUUAGGAAAAGUAAGUAAAUAAUGGAGAAAUUCCCAGUGCUUUAUCAGAAGUGACUCGCUUAUCAUUUAAAGCCUUACUGAAAGCCUGUACUGUUGUGUUUAAGCUUUGUAUUCAACACAACAGUUAUGUAUAUACAAUGGAAAUAAAGUCUGCACACCCCUGUUAAAAUGGCAAGUUUUUGCCAAUGUUUUCCAAACUCA